CAACAAUGCCUAUAUAUAUCAACUCAAAUUUUCUUACAACCUACAUUCAAUCUCAUUGCCUUUACUAGUUACUACCACGAUGACUUCUCAAAUUGCCACAACAGAUGUUCCUUUUGCUCAUGAGUUGCCAACUAAUGGCGAUUAUUACAAAAAAGGGGUCAAGUACCUUACUGAUAUGUUGCCCAACUUAACCAAGCUGCCUUCACAAUAUGUUUUGCCAUUAACCACUAAUCCAUUAGCAGUCAACAAUGCUUCAAUCCCUAUCAUCGAUUUAAGUGGUCUCAAUGGACCCGCUGAGUCUAGAAAGAUUACUAUUCAGGCCAUCGACUCUGCCUGUGCCGAGUGGGGAAUCUUCAGAGUUGUUAACCACGGGAUAAAGAUCUCUCUAAUGGAGGAAAUGGUGGAGGUGGUAGAAGGAUUUUUCAAUCUCUCUUUGGGAGAGAAGAUGAAAUAUGCUUCGGACGAUGUGAUGAAUCCACCUGUAAGGUAUGGAACCAGCGUCAUUACAUCCACAAACAAUGCUCUCCACUGGAGGGACUAUUUGAGGCUUCGUUGCCGUCCUUUACAUAGCAGCGCUACCAUUCAUCUUUGGCCCACCAAUCCCUCUAACUACAGGAAUAUAGCGAAGGAAUAUAUAGAGGAGGUAUGGAAGUUACGAGCGAAGAUAGCAAGUGCAAUAUCAGAAGGCUUAGGACUUGAAUCUGAUUACAUAGAGAAAUCGCUUGGAGAAGGUAUUCAGAUCGUUGGUUGUAAUUAUUACCCGCCAUGUCCAGAGCCACACCGAACACUUGGGAUACCACCACAUUCUGAUCAUGGUGAGCUAACAGUUUUGAUGCAAAAUGAUGUGGAUGGCUUACAAGUUCAACAUCACGACGAGUGGGUUGCUGUUGGACACGUGCCAGGGACUUUUGUCGUUAACAUAGGAGAUUACAUGGAGAUUUUGAGCAAUGGAAAGUACAAAACUUUGAAGCAUCGAGGUGUGACAAAUGCAGAAAGAGCGAGGAUAUCAAUAGCCGUGGGCAAUGGGCCUGGGCUGACGACCACAGUUGCACCUGCAAGCCCACUGAUAGAUGGAAAAAGUGAGAUCAAAUAUCGACACGCUACGUAUGAAGACUACAUCAAAUUUAAACAAAACGGGACGCUAGGAGGAGAAAGCCCAUUACAAGCCAUGAUUGUCCCACAAGUCAACAAAUGAAGUGUUUUUUUUUUUUUUUUAUUCCAUUACAUCUUUUUCUUCUUGAUUUGAUGAUCUUGUGCGGAGUUUUUUUUGGGUGUCAGAGCAUGUUAUGGUUGUAGCUUUGGAGUUGUUACCUUGAUGAUUGUCUGAUCUUUGAGUCACUUCAGUUUGCUACGUUUAUCCUAUGGUAAUUAUUGUUUGUGUUUUUA